AUGUCUACCUCUUUCAACGGAACAUGUCAAAGCCAAAAUUCAAAAACAAAGCAAGCGUACGUCAACUGGCCAUUCAGCGUCAACUGUGAUUAUUUGAAAUCUAUUUGGGAAACGAAAACACAUAAUAUUGAUGAUGAUAAUAUUCAAUGCAUCAUUACUCAGGGACACAUUGAGAUCAACGACACAAUUCUAGAACUAGCAUCACUUACUGAUAACUCGAACUAUACUGCUAAACUGAUUAUCAAUAACACUAUUUGCUUGACAAAUAAAGUACAAGUUGUUCUUCGACCUUUCCCGGAAAUAUGCAAGGUAGGGGUAAAUAACGCCAUCUCCCGUGAAUCUACAAUUGGGGAUAGCGUGAAUUUGAAUUGCAGACCUCCAGAAGGCGAUCCAGAUAUAAUUCCAGCAGGAGCAGAUCAAUCUAAGUUCAAAACUAGAUGGUACGUUAAUUGUAAAGAUGGAGAUUAUAGAACUAGUCAGCCAUGGACUGAAUUUCCGGACCCUGGAUACCCGAAUGGAUUGAAUGUGAAUGCCACGAUUGAUUUCUACGAUGCCGCAAACUUUACAUGCACAGUAACAUUCGAAGGAAAAAUAUUGUAUGCUGUUACAUACGCACAAUGUAUAAAACAGCGCACUGAGUCCAUCAAUCCUACAAUCACCUGUGUCAAUUAUGAAACUAAAGCACUCGGUGAUACUGCUGUACUUGAUUGCGAAGGACAGAUAGUAUUGGGAAACACUCCGUCAAAACAUUUUGCAGUCCUAUGGCAAAGGAACGGUGAUACAAUUUGCGAAAAUAAUUUUUUCAACCAGACAAGUUUUGGAGUCUUUGACCAAAGACAAUCAUGCAUCGUGGAAGGCAACAAUGACUCUGUUGUUUGUGUCGUUGACGGUGAAAAUACGAAGAAUGAAGAAAUACAACACGAAAGAAAGACAAUCGGUAUAAAACUCUAUAUUCGAGACCUGAAAAGCAACGAUAUGGGCCAAUAUACUGUCAACUUGGGUUAUUUCGAUAUAUCAUCUAACUCGUGGAAGAUGGAUGAGUGGGAUGUCAAACUAAAUGAAGACAAUACGCCACGACUACUUCGACUCAUCAUGAUUCUUAGUAUAUGCCUGGGUGUGCUGAUAUUCAUUAUAAUGCUGGUCCUGCUUUAUAAAAGAUUUGAGAUCUACAUUCUUGUUGCGUACAAGAGAUCAUGGCUAUGGAAAUAUGAUAGAGACGACAAGCAAUAUGUCUGCUAUCUUUCAUAUCUAUAUGUUACUGACACACUUUCUGAUGAAAGUCUCAAAUCCACCGUCGUAUACGCUAUUCACAACCUGUUGGAAGAUUUGAAUUAUACAUACUAUGAUGAACAAAGGCAGAUUGAUUUUACAGUUCAAGUUGAAAGAAUCACAAACCUUGUAGAAAGAUGUCACCGAAUGGUUUUUGUCUUGACUCCUGAAUAUCUAAAUGAUCGCUGGAUGAGAUUUCACGCGGAAUUGGGUUUUCAUGGACUUCUCGAGUCUCAAAUGGGCCUGAUAUUUAUUCUCACUCCGGGAACGAAGAGAGUGCUGAAGAAACUAGCAAGGACUGACAAAGUUUGGCAAAGGCUUUUGAUUGCUAUCAAGACAAACCAUGUUAUAAAAUGGAGAGAAGGAAUGAACGAAGAUAAGUUGAAGAGAAACAUCGAAUACAGACUUCCAAAACUUGCUCGAAGAAUUAAAAAAUUACCUGGUUCGGAUUCGAGCUCGACUGAUGGUUGUAAUCCAGAUUAUACUAGAUCUGUGAGCCAAACCACAACUCAUACAAUGGUGUCGGAUGAUGGGGCUGCACAGGGUGACCCUAGACUGUGAUGUGAUUCUGAACAUUCCAUUCACCUCAACCUUUGUUGGACAAAAAUUAAACAAGAUGGCGGAAUUUGAAUUUCGUCUGAGAUGACUCUAAUAAUUCAUUAUUCAAUUCGAAAUCACCAGCCCUACUACAAUGCAGACUGAACAGAGAUUUUUAUAUCUUGACAUUACAUAACAAUGUUGAAAUGUGUUUAUUAUAUGAGACUGAGUAUUAUCUUUAUUAUUAUUUUAAUUGAGUUAAAAAGCUUGGAAAAAGUUUUAUUUCCGUAAAACAUUUUCUGUACACCAUCCUAAGCUGUGAAGUAUUUUUCAAUUUAAUUUCUUUCGCAUGGUUUCACAGACUUGAUAUUCACCAUAACACAUUGGCAUUCCAAGGGACUUAAUUUAUUUAGGCUAUACUUUGAUAUACUGGUUAAGCCGGACUGAUAUUCAGUAAGUUCGCAUUGUUUAUUAUAAUACUGUUUUAUUUUUUUUAUUAUAUCUGUUCCACUUUAGCUUUUAUCGUGUGCCAUAGUUUAUUAAAAAUAUAUAGUAUUUAGUAUUAUUUCAAAUGUGAGGUUGAAAGUGUUUGAAGCUACAAUCCUAUUUUUUUUCUUAUUUCUAUGAGACUGGGCACUCUAAAUAAAAUACUUAAGUACUUUGCCCCCAAAUAAGCCUUAGUUUAUUAGCUUGUAUUGCAUAGGUCCGAUCAUAGUUUGGUGAAGUAUCGCAAGUAAUAAAUCAUUGGUUUCAAAGUAUACCAAAAUUUGGUUCUGAAAUUACUUGUUAUCCGAAAUUUAGUCCCGUUCUGACUAUUUGUUAUAAUUUAUGCAUUAGUUAAAAUGUGAAAGCUUAAACGUUGAUUCUCGAUUUGAAAGUUUUUUUUAUUCACUGUGUUAUUCAAUAUAUAAUGCAGCCGCAAAACUUUGUGCGGCAUCACUCGAUUCUAGAAGCCAUUGCAAUAGUUUUAACUCUUUUUUUAUUAUAUGUUCUCUGAGGAACUACGCGAUAAAUGAUUUAUAUUUACAGGGGGUGAGGAGCCGUUUUUCAUUAUAUCAAAUGCAUAAAUAAUAAUUUUCUCAUUAUUAUGAAAGAUUUUGAUUUAUUUGAACAAUUUAAAACUGAUUUAUACAACAAUUUUUUGGGGUCACAUCUGUAUGAAAUAUUUCUUGGAGACCUAGAUGAUAAAUAAAAUAUAUUAAAUGUUCGUUUUGAACACUAUUUCUUUCGUGUCGAAUGAAUAAAUGGUGAUAUAUUUUAUAUCGCCAAUUUGAGAAGUGUUAAAUUAGGCUGAAUGAUUGAAAAUCGAUUUAUGCAAGUUUUUUGAAGCCGCAAUUUGCAUCUGCAAAAAUUUCUUUUCAUGAUUUUUGUGUUCUUUUAUUCUAGAUUUUUAAGUAAUGCAUUUUAGCUCAGCAACGUGCG